AGAUAUUAACUAUUUUUGGAGAUAUUAACUCUUAGGAGAGCUUUGCAAGAGCCAAGACAACCGGAUGCCUGGCCUCCCACCAUAAAGAGCUGCAGUUUCUGCAGCAGCUGUAAUCUACAUUCUCCAUCACCCUCACUAAAUUUAUUCCCAGGACUGUAACUCCUCUAUCUAUCUAAAGGGUCACUUGCCCAAUUCCUUUUUGUGCUUUGGACGUUUUUGGCAUCAAUUCACGCUUAAACACAAUAGGGAAGCCUAAAGCUGCAGCGCUAUUAGUAAAGGCCAUGAGCAGAGAGGAAGAACAUCCUGGAGCUCCAAAGGACGGCAUGGCGGGGGAGGGGGAGAGGGACCGGGCCCCUUCGUCUGUCAUGGUGGGUUUUGUGUUGAAAACGAGGCCCCAUAACUCCUCGUCCUGCUGCCAAGUUAAGCUGCCAGCCUGCCAGCCACGUCCUCUCUUCCCCUUGCCUUCCUCUGGUCGGCCAGCGCCACCCGUUACUUCGUGCGCAGGCGAGCUCGCCCCUUUCCCCUCCUGAGAGGGCCGACUCCUUCUCGGCUUCCACCAUCGAGGCCAACCGUCAGAGGUGCCAGCCACCGAGAUUACACUCACGAGCACACACGCUGCUCUUUUCUCCUGAGGCAAAGCUCUGUGUCCGGUAGUUGGACACAUUUACUCGAAAAUGGCUGAUUUUAACAGGAGCUGCCAUAACUUCUCAAGAUCGCGCCCCACGCGAAGAAUAGCACCGAGCCGCCUCGACGUGGGACCCACACUUCCUGUACACACUUUGUUCUCUCCCCUCCAAGGGCUUUAUUAACGCUGAACACCUUUCCAGCCCAAUUAGACUGAAAGCAACUUCUAUUGGUCACUUCAAACCUUUUCCCCAGAUUGUCAUUUGCAACCAGCAACGUCGAUCAACAUGUUUUUCUUAACACCCCCCCAGCCGACUCCUCCUGCCUGCCUUUCUCUCUUCCCCCCUCCUCCCCGUUUGCAACAUAAGAGAAGAGCGCGCGCCCUUCCUACAGGUAGUAGUUGUAGCGUUCAGCACUUCCCAUCGCCUUGUAAGACUAGUGGCCUGAGCGCGUGAACGCGAUCCGUGGCGCGCCUUCACUGCUCGCUUUCGACAUUCGGAGAGAGAGAGAGAGAACUUGCCAAAGCUGCUGUUAAAAAGCUCGCUUUUACUCUUCCCAGCGAAGCAGAAAGUCUUGGGUAGCAGCAGCUACCAUCAGAAAAGUACUCGCGACGAGCAGAAGCCAGAAAGCGUUGCAGGCAGUUCGCCCCGCUGCUACAACCCGGCGGCUCAGCCGUCCCCGCCUUGCCCAUCAGCAGGUUGUGGACGGGCGGCGGUUUCUGAAGAGAAAGUGGGGAGGGAGGGAGGAGGGAGCUGAUCGCGCGUCCCUCCCCACUCUCGCCUAGGGGGAGGGGAAAGGAGACGAACCUCGCAUUGUUCCCCUGGCAGGCGACUCCUUCUGGGCCAUGGGCUCCUCGCCUUUGUUCCCAGGCUGAGCGGGCGGGCGCCGAGCGCGUUCUCCUUUCUGAUCCAAAGCAAACGCGGAGCUUUCCUGGGGCAAGAUGGAUGUGACCGUUUCUGAGCUCCUGGAACUCUUUCUGCAGAGUCCUCUGGUGACCUGGGUAAAAACAUUUGGAGCCCUAGGGAAUGAUAAUGAAGACAAACUUGAAGUGUACAUGAAUCUAGCAGAUGGAGUCUUCUUGAAUAAAAUAAUGUUGCAAGUAGAUCCACGCCCAACAAACCAGCGUGUAAAUGAGCAUGUCAACAAUGAUGUAAACCUACGGAUUCAAAACCUCACUAUUUUGGUCAGGAACAUCAAAACCUAUUAUCAGGAAGUCCUGCAGCAGCUGAUCAUAAUGAAUUUGCCAAAUGUCUUAAUAAUUGGCAAAGAUCCUCUCUCUGGUAAAAGUAUGGAUGAAAUUAAAAAGCUGUUACUUUUGGUAUUGGGUUGUGCUGUGCAGUGUGAAAGAAAAGAAGAAUUCAUUGAAAGAAUAAAACAGCUAGAUAUUGAAACUCAAGCUGCAAUUGUUUCACACAUCCAGGAGGUAACCCAUAAUCAGGAGAAUGUAUUUGACUUGCAGUGGCUAGAGCUACCAGAUAUGGCUCCAGAAGAACUAGAGUCACUUUCCAGAAAUAUGGUUUUCCACCUUAAGAGGCUGAUUGAUGAGAGAGAUGAGUGCACAGAGUUAAUUAUAGAUCUCACUCAAGACAGAGAUUACCUGCAGUCCCAGCAGCCACUGAGUCCUCUGAAAACAUCAAGUCCAGCUUCUUCCCCAAAUCUUGCCAGCCGCCUCUCCAAUGAGGACAAACAGCAUUUGUCUGUGGAGCUUGCAGAUGCAAAGGCCAAACUCAGGAGGAUCAGGCAGGAGCUGGAAGAAAAAUCAGAGCAACUUGUUGACACCAGACAUGAAGUAGAUCAGCUAGUCCUGGAACUACAGAAAAUAAAGCAGGAGAAUAUUAACCUCAUGGCAGAUGCUCGCUCUGCUCGGGCCUACAGAGAUGAGUUGGAUUCUUUGAGGGAGAAAGCAAACAGAGUGGAGAGACUUGAGAUGGAGCUGGUCCGGUGUAAAGAGAAACUUCAUGAUGUGGAUUUCUAUAAAGCACGUAUGGAGGAGCUUAGAGAAGACAACAUCGUAUUAAUUGAAACAAAAACAAUGUUGGAAGAACAGUUGAUGAUAGCAAGAGCUCGUGGUGAUAAAUUGCAUGAAAUUGAAAAAGAAAAUUUGCAGUUAAAAUCCAAACUUCAUGACAUAGAACUGGACAGGGAUACUGACAAGAAGAGAAUUGAAGAGCUGCUGGAAGAAAACAUGGUGCUAGAAAUUGCACAGAAACAAAGUAUGAAUGAGUCAGUACAUCUCGGCAAGGAACUGGAACAACUGUCAAAGAGUACAGAUCUCUCAGAUACAAGGAAAUCUUUUGUCUUUGAGUUGAAUGAAUGUGCAUCAAGUCGCAUCUUGAAACUUGAGAAGGAUAACCAGAGCCUGCAAAAUAUCAUCCAGGAACUCAGAGAUGCAUCUGUAGCCACUGAAGAGAAUAGCCUCAAAUUUGUAGAACUACAAAAUGAGAAUCAACAGCUUGGCCAAAAGAUUGAGAAACUGCAAAACCAGAUAGAAAAAGAGAAGCAAAGUAAUCAAGACUUGGAGACUUUAAGUGAGGAACUCUUGAAAGAAAAGCAAGAGCUUAAGGAUAAAAUGGAGGCCUUAAAGGCUGAUCAAGACAGACAGAUAAAAGACCUAGAAAAAGAAACUGACCAUCUGAAUCAAGUGGUUUUGUCUCUAAGACAUAGAUCUCAAGUCAGUACUGAGGCCAAAGUGAAAAACGUUGAAAUAGAAAACAAAAUACUUCAUGAGACAGUUACUGAAAGCAAUAGCAAGCUCAGUAAGCUUGAAUUUGAGAAGAAGCAGUUGCAAAAAGAUUUUGAGCAAGUUAAAGAAAAAGUAGAAAAAGUAGAAGAAAUGGACAAAGAGCUUCAUCGGCUGGAGAGGGAGAAUGAGCAGCUUGCCAGAAAAGUUACAACCAUGAAAAUUACCACUGAGAAAGUAGAAAAACUUGAACAAGAAAACAAGGAUCUGGAAGUAGAGAACAGGAAGCUGAAAAAGUCUCUAGAUAUUUUGCACAAUGUUUCUGUCCAGCUGGAAAAUUUAGAAAAGGACAAUAAACAGCUAGAUGAAGAAAAUGCAGAGCUCAAGCAAAUCAUAGAGACUAUGAGAUUCACCAGUACAAAAUUAGCCCAGAUAGAGGCAGAAAAUAAAGAGCUAGAAAAGGAAAAGGAGGAACUUAAAGAAAACAUAGUUGUGCUGAAGGUUCUGCUCAAGAAAUCAGAAAGGUUGGAGCUUAGUUACCAGAGUAUGAAUGCAGAGAAUCAAAGACUGCAGCAAAUUCUAGAAAGUAGCAAUAAAAAAGUUCAACAGUUGGAAAAAGAACUCCAGGGUGUUGAAGAUGACAAUCAAAGUCUUCAGAGAAAAUUAGAGGAAUUGAGGAUCUCAAAUAAGCAGGUGGAAUGGUUGGAAAAUGAGAAGAAAUUGUUGGAGCAAGAAGUGUUCCAGUUGGAUAAAGACAAAAAGAUGCUGGAAAAAGAGACAAAGAGACUGUGGCAGCAAGUAGAGCUAAAAGAUGCUAAUUUGGAUGAGAAUACUAUAAAAUUAGCAGCAAUUGAGAAGGAGUACAAAAUUUUAGAAAGAGAACUUGCUAGAGUCAGAGAUUCAUCAAAUAAAAUGAAGGAAUUUGAAAAGAACAAUAAAGAUCUCCAGAAGCAAGUUACGAUUGAUAAGAGAACACUAGCUACACUGCGAGAGGAUUUGGUUCUUGAGAAGUUAAAGAGCCAGAAGUUAUUUAGCGAGAUGGAUAAAUUGGACCAAGAACUAGAGAAGAUGGGAUUAAAUAAGGAGCUGCUUCUGCAGGAUGAUAAUGGCAACAGUGACAAGAAAUAUAAAAUCUUGAAAAGCCAAACUGAAUGUAUUUUAAAGACAACACUAGCUAAUAAAGAAGAGAAGAUUGUUGCAUUGGAGGCCAAACUGCAAGAGUUCGUUAACUUAAAUCAACAGUUACAGAAUGAACUGAACAUGAUGAGGAAGGACUUUGCAUGUCUCAAGCAGAAGCAAGAAGAGGGAACUUUUAUGCAGAAGUUGAAUCAACCAUUGGAAAAUUGUCAGAAGGAAGCAACAGUGCAGCUUCUCAAAGUGAAGGACAGAGCUAUAGAAUUAGAAAGGAAUAAUGCUGCCUUGCAUACAGAGACACAGCUUCUUAAGGAGCAGCUAGGACAUUUGGAAGUGCAGAAUGGCUCCUUCAGCAAUCAGAUCCUGACACUACAAAAGCAAAAUGCUUUCCUUCAAGAGCAUAACACUACAAUGCAAACACAAACAGCUAAGCUCCAGGUGGAGAAUUCAACCCUAAAUUCCCAGAGUACAUCCUUGAUGGCCCAGAAUACAUUACUCCAGAAUCAGCAGCUGGCCAAGGAGAAUGAAUAUGACAACCUGCUGAAACAGAAAGAACAACUCAAAGCAGAGUAUGAAUCCCUUCUUCAAGAUCAUGAACACCUUGUGUUACUGCACGAACGGCAGUCUACGGAAUAUGAAACGCUAAUAGAACAGCACAGCAACCUCAAAGCCUUGCACAAAAAUCUUGACUUGGAGCACAGAGAUCUAGGAGAAAGAUACAGCAGUUUGAUAGAACAUAAAACAAAACUGGAAGAGAUGGAGAUGAUUUUAAAGACAGAAAAAGAUGUUCUACAACAGGAGAAGAGAACAAGCACAAUAGUGGCUGCAGAGAACCAGAAGCUUAGAGAAGAACUAGAAAGGAUGAAUAUCUCACACACCAAACUGAAAGCUGAGUAUGAAGGGCUUCAUAUUCACACUAAGGAGCUGAAAACAUCCUUGAAUAAUUCUCAGCUAGAACUGAACCGUUGGCAAGCUCGUUAUGAUGAGCUGAAGGAACAGCACCAAACUAUGGAUAUCACCUUAACCAAACUGGACAACCAUUGUGAGCUGCUUGCUCGACUAAAAGGGAACUUGGAAGAAGAGAAUCAUCAUCUCCUCAGUCAGAUCCAGCUAUUGAGCCAACAGAAUCAAAUGUUGCUGGAGCAGAACAUGGAGAAUAAAGAACAAUACCAUGAGGAACAAAAGCAAUAUAUUGAUAAAUUAAAUGCCUUAAGGAGGCACAAAGAAAAACUGGAAGAGAAAAUAAUGGAUCAAUACAAGUUUUAUGAUCCAGCUCCAAAAAAGAAAAACCACUGGAUAGGAGCUAGAGCCUUGGUUAAAUUCAUGAAGCCAAAGAAAGAGUCAACAAGAGAACGAUUGAAAUCUUCAGCAGACAGCCCUCUGUGUCAGUUGGAAAGCAUGGAGACAACAGGUUCACCGUCUCCAUCACAGCUGCCCAAGCAGAAGAGUCUGGAAAACACCUCCAUAGAUUCCAGCUCCAUGGAAGACAAAGAGCAUAAGAAUGGACCCAUGGUCAAAGGGGAUUCAAAUCUGAGGACAGUUUCUUACUGUGGAGGCAGCAGUGACCACAUUGAAAAUGCAACAGAUCCUGCUAUUAAACAGUGCUAUGUGGAGUCAAGUUCCAGGACUUCCUCUGCUCCAACUACCUAUUCAACUUUUACCCCCAUCUCUAGACAACCAAACAGACCGAAAGGCCAUAAUUCAGAUGGUGACCUGUAUGAAAAUUCCUCUGAGGCAAUGGUUUCCAACAACCAGCACAUGUCUGGGUCAAAUAGCUUAGAGAACAGUGAAAGUGCAUCCAGUAGCAGCUCCCCUUUAAACCUGAAAGGAUCUUUCGACCAUAUUCGUGACAGAUCUGAAAGUUUUAGCAGUGAAGACAUAGUGCUAAUGAAAGAUAUGCCUGGCACAUCUAGAGAUGGUCUAUUUUAUUCCACCUCUUCUGCAGUUGUGGGUUCAAACACUAAGCACAGUUCCACAUUUAAUAAGAAUGGCAUGUUAUUAUUUGAUAUAUCUCAGAAAAGCAAUCAAAUACAGAAGCAAUCUGUUAAGCACCGAUCUGCCUCUCCGGGUAAUGAAAUGGUAACCUUAGAAGAAUUCCUUGAAGAAAGCAACAGAUUAUCUCCAAUGAAAGAUAUUUCUAGUAAAGAUGAUUUGCUGAGUGACUAUUUCAGAAAAGCCAAUGAGCUUCCAUGUACUGGAGGUCACUUUCCUCAGGCACACAGGAAGGAGCCAAGCAAGACACCUACCAGUUAUGUCACUCCAACUAUAAAGAUGCCUGGCGCUGCUGAAGAUGGAAGGCUAGCUAAACCGGGCCACUACAUGAAACCAAAUCUUAAACCAUCCGAAUCAGAACUUGUGGCAAACUCCAAUAAGCUUACCCAUGGACUUCGAAAUCAGGCCAGUCGAGCAUCAAAGCCAUUGGUAUCCCCUCAGCAGACCAAUAACAUGGGCAGGCAGAGCACAUCAUUGAACCGGGCCUAUAGCUUGGCUUCAGCAGAUCUUCUCAGAGCCACUGGCCCAGAUGUGACCAGACGGUAUGAAAGUCUUCCAAAGCCUGUGACUGCUGAUAUCCGAAUAGGCAAGGACUCAGACGUCCAGACUUCCCAGCUGCCUUUGGCUUCUACUUCUCAGAGCUCUCUGAGAGAGAGGUCACAGUCUGCAAAGAUAAUGGGUUCUUUGCAAAACGUUGAUUCUCGCUGUCGACAGCUUGAUGUUAGGCGCCUUUCUCUUGCCCCUCCAAAAGAUGAGAGGUCACUCUUGUUUCCUCCGUUUUCUUAUUCUACCACCACUUCUAAGGAUGAUCUUUCUUCUCAGCCACAGGAACGGGCAAAAGUACAUUUGGAGCAGCAUUCUUCUCUUCCACAAUAUGCACCUAAAACCAAAUCCAAGCCAUUGUUGCAGAGUGGGGAGGUGGCCACUGUGACUCCUAUCAGAAUUGUUCCCAACAGUACAGAAGGGAACAAUCCCCAAGCAGCUGGUUCAACUGACAUCUAUGUUGCCAAAUGCCAGAAUCCAUCACCAGAAAAUAAAGUUUUGGCAGGGGGCAUUGAGGAAACAAACAGAGGGCUUGGUUCCAAGAACCCUCCUUCAUCACCAGAUCCCCCUGUUGAUCAGCAAACUGUUUGGUAUGAAUAUGGUUGUGUGUGACUCCUCAGUUCCACUUUGCCAAGGAUUGUAUAAAAUAUGUUUCACUACUGAAAAUUGGUGGCACUGGGAAUUUUGCUAAACACUGUUGUCUUAACUGUCUUCUGGAGGCUUUACAGUUCAGUAGAAACAUGUAUUUGCAUACUUGAGGUUCAAAACUGGAACAAUUCUGGAAGACUGAAAUGAUUUAAGCAUCUCCUCUUCUUCAAGUCCAGGAUCAUACUCACCAUAGUAUAGGAUGCUUACCAUUAAGUCCUCUUGUGCCUUUUGCAGGCCCUUUUCUUCUUUUACUAUUUGGGAAAUUGUAUCUGUGUGUUUGUCUACUGAGCUCAAGCCUUACUCAGUUUAGAGACAAUUCCGUCUUAUUUUUAAAUACCAUCUUUUUUUACAAAUCUGAAAUGUUCUUUGGGGUAUUGUUAAAAGCAGCAUGAUGCAAGCAUGCUGCCUUUACGCUGGUGGUUAUUUCAUUACCAGUUAGCGGCUUUCUAAAUAUCCUGGCUUCUUUGCUGCACUUACAGUAGUAUGCAGUAGAGAUGCUGCCUUUUUAUAUAUGUCUAAUAUUUGUAUUGAAAACACUGGAAAUAAUGCAGCCUUAUUGAGGGGCAUGGUCUCCUUUAAAUGGCAACUUUUCAUGCACUGGACUAAUCUGUUUACUACUCCAUGCAUUAAAUCACUUAAUGGCUCCACUGGUUGCCUAGAGAACCUGUACAGUCAGUCUGCUCUCCUAAUGUGUACAGUUCUUUUGCCUAAAUGAUAUAUAGGAGAUUCUUUUAAUGAUGCCCAUGGCUAUUGCAAUGUUGAAACUUGCAAACUAUCUCAAUAAAUAAUUGCAAGUUCAGGCCUUGGUUCUAAUUUGGUCAGCAUGAUCUAUGUAGAAACCAAGUUUCAUUUAUAUACAUAUUUUUAUGAAAUCAUAUUUAUGCCCAGAUGAAAUAUUUUACUCUAUGAGUUUCAUUGACUCCUUGUGCAUAUCUCCUGAUUUGUUGUUUUGCUUAUAAAGAGAUCCUCCUUUCUAACAGAUUAACAGAAUCAUAAAACUUCUCUGGAUUUGUGAUUUAUGAUAGAAAAAACUGAAUCUGUAACAGAUCUCACACAACCAGUGACUAGAGUGUGUCAUAGUUUGUAGCAGUCACAUUGUGAGAAGAGCAAGUUUGUCUGUAAUAAAGACUUUUUAAAAUACAAAUAUGUCAAAACUGUCACUUUCUCCCAGAAAAAAAUGUAUCAUUGAGCAUUGCUGUAAAAUGUAGGCUGUCACAGAUGCACACCCUUUUUAGCAAAGCUUUAAUACGUGUGAGUGUGCGGGGGUGGUACCACCUCCUUGUAACUUCAAAGUAUGAUUCCUCAUCUUAAUAUUUAUAGAAGUACAUGAAUUUUCUUCCAUGGUACAGCAAAACCUUCUAAAUGUAUUUAAUAAAUGUAUAACAUAGUACAUAUUUUCCCAAACCAGACAUAAGGACAAUGUUUGCUUGGUUAAUUCUGCAGUCAGUUACAGUCCCAGCACAUCUGGAGGCUGCCAUGUUGGGGAAGGCAAGUUCCACAAAGGUAUCCGUAACUUGUGUUGUUUGUUAACAGAGUUCUAUAAAAAUUCUUGACAGGUUUUUAAUGCAAGUUUACUGUAAUAUUUCUCCUUGAGGGGACUGGUUGACAUUGAGAGGCAACUGAGUUAUAUGUAAUGGAAUAGUCCAUUACUUCCUGACUUUGCAUGAAUGCAAUACAGUGCUUCAAUUUCAAGGGAGGAUAUCUGUCCUGCUUAUAUGGAAAUGACUGUGAACGUGUGAUAAAUCUUGAUGCAAGAUGUGGUGGAUUGCCCCCCCCCCAGCUCCCAUGAGCACUUAAAAUCUUACUACAACCUUCCUACAACACCUGGGAAGAUCUGCAGCAGUAAUGCUACCACUAGCCACUUUCCUGGAGAAAUUCUCUCUGCUUUGGUUUACUCUGGAGGAUGCUAGGAGCAAUCUUCCUUUCACCAGUAGUUUAACCAUAAGGGAGAAAUGUGGCUAACAUCAGGAAUUGAAGUCUUUACUAUGUAUAUCAAGAUUAAAGAACUAAAAGAAAGUUGAAAAGGCACAAAAGGAAAAAGACAUGAACAAUGGCUUAUGGAAACAUUGAGUUUCUAGUACAGAAGAUGACAAAAUAUGGGCUGGACUAUGCUACCAUUAGAUGAGUCUAUAUCAGUAGCUCUGCAUCAGACUGGUGGGAAGUGUGGAGUGGUGUACUGCAAGGCUUCGUUCUAAGCUUUGUGCUGUUCAGCAUUUAAAUGUAAAUUACUUGGAUGGCAGGCUAGAAAAUAAACUUGCCAAUUUUUCAGACAACUAAGGGUAUGGCAAACAUCUUAGAGGACAGCAUCUAGAUUUAAGAUGAUCUUGACAGGCUGGAACAAUGAACAGAAAGUAGCAAGGUGAAUUUCAACAGAGACAAAUCCCUACCAUAGGGUAGGAAGAAUCAAAGACAGGAGUAUAGGAUGCAAAGCAUAUUGGACAGCAGUACAUGUGAAAAGAACCUGGGUGCCUUGGAUCCCAAGCUGAACAUAAGCCUAAAGUAUGACAGCUACAAAAAAAAGCCAAUGCAAACCUAGAUUGCAUCAACCAAAGUCUAAUGCCAAGCUCAAGUAACUGUUCAUCUGUUGCACUGGUCAUGUGCCUUGAAUAUUACAGCCUGUGAUGGACACCAUAUUUUAGGAAGGGCAUUAUCAAAUUAGAAUGUGUCUAGAGUAGGCAACCAAGAUGAUAAGGAGUCUGGAAAGAAGAGCAUACAAAGAAAAUUAGAGGCACUGGGCUUGCUUAGCCUGGAGAAGAAAAGAAGGCAGA